GCGCAUAGUACGGCGGAGAGCUUCCGAAACGAGUGGGUCAUACAGGUCACAGGAGAGGUCGCACCGAGGCCUGAGGGCACAGAGAAUCCAGGCAUAGCGACGGGUGCGAUCGAACUCGUCGCCUCAGGUGCCAGCGUUCUCAACGAGUCCUUGACGCCGCCCUUCUACAUCAACGAAGAGUCCGAUGUCGAAGAGCUCCUUCGCAUGAAGUACAGGUAUCUUGACCUCAGACGACCGGGCAUGAGGGACAUGCUGGUUCUCCGGCACAAGGUGGUCAAAUUCAUUAGGGACUUCUUGGACGAGCGCGCCUUCCUCGAAGUCGAGACGCCCAUUCUCAUCAAGAGCACACCAGAAGGCGCGCGCGACUAUCUCGUGCCCAGCCGCCUGUAUCCAGGAAGCUUCUACGCGCUCCCACAGUCUCCACAGCAGCUCAAACAGCUGUUGAUGGCAGCGGGAGUCGAGAAGUACUUCCAGAUUGCAAGAUGCUUCAGGGACGAAGACCCACGUGCCGACCGACAGCCGGAGCACACGCAGCUCGACCUCGAGAUGAGCUUCGUUGAAGAAGAUGACGUACUCGGGCUGAUAGAAGAACUCUACACCGCGCUUAUCGACACGGUCAUGCCUGAAAAGCGCGUGCUGAGGCCGUUUCCCAGACUGACAUAUGCAGAGUCGAUGGCGUCAUACGGCACAGACAAGCCAGACCUGCGUUUCGGGAUGGAAAUGGCUGACCUCUCCGAUAUCGCGGUAUCCACGGACUUCCGCGUGUUCACGUCUGCUGUGGAGAGCGGCGGCAUAGUCAAAGGAUUCAGCGCUCCGGGUUGCGCCUCAUACUCACGACGCCAGACGGAUGAAUUGAUCGAUUUCGUCAAGGAGUGGGGCGCGAGAGGUCUGGUCACGAUAGCUCUUACGGGCGAGGGUUCCAUCAACGAUCUGACCGAAGACCAGGUGAGGUCUGCGGCCGCCAGAUUCCUGUCGCUCGAUCAGAUCAAGGAGAUCGCCAGGAAGACCGGCGGGGAUAUCGGCGACAUGGUGCUCGUAGUCGCUGGGCCCGGGAAGACAACAAACCAGGCGCUCAGCAGCCUGCGACACGAGAUGGGACGCCGACUGGAACUGACCGACCCCGACCUUAUCGCUUUCGCAUUCGUAACCGACUUCCCACUUUUCGAGUGGAACGAGAACGAAGAGCGAUGGGACGCUAUGCACCACGCGUUUUCCAUGCCAAAAUACGGUACCGAGAAGUUCAUCGAGUCAGACCCUAGCCGGGUGAUCGGCCGCCUGUACGAUCUCGUCGCGAACGGACACGAACUCGCCAGCGGCAGCAUAAGGAUUCACACGAGGGAACUCCAGGAGAAGGUGUUCGAGGUUCUUGGCUACACGAAGGACGAAGUCGCAGAGCGGUUCGGCCAGCUUCUCACCGCGUUCGAGUACGGGGCACCACCUCACGGAGGAAUAGCACCCGGAAUCGACAGGCUACUCAUGGUCCUUUUACAGACCGACAACAUCAGGGACGUGAUAGCCUUCCCAAAGACCCAGAAUGGGAUAGAUCCGCUCUUCGGGGCUCCCGGCGAAGUUGACCAAGGACAGCUGGAUGAGCUCAAGUUGAAGGUGUUGGCCGAGUAG